GUGAUCGCCGAACAACAGGAAAGCGUGCAGUUUGAGAAUCGAGACGAGUGAUGCGUCCUGUUCACAUUGACGAUCUUUGCUAAACUCUUGACAGCUAGCAGGCAAGGAACUCCUUCCUCGUCGCUUCCAGCAAAACUGGCUAAACGAGGGAGGAAAGAGGAGGGAGUCAACUCUGGUCUCCCUUGCAUUUCCUGAGAGGAACCUCCAACCAUGGAUGACAGUUCCUCUCUGUACAAAGUCAGCAGUUCCACAGAGUCUGUGGCCACAGUCACCAGUGAAGAGUUUGUUCUGGUACAACCUAGCUCUACUGGGUCACCUCAAAGCUCCGAGGGAAAACCAAAGCUCAAGAUGACUUGGAAUGGUAGUGAGCAGCUGGAGAAAGCCAUGGAGGAGGUGCUGGAUGAUGAUGAUGACGACGCUAAGGUGGAGAAAAGUAGCGUGGAAAAGAUGGAGAAGCACAGCAACACAGAAGUCCAAGUCCUGGAGUUCCAACCGUCAGAACUAUCAUCACCCUACCCAGUACCAGCCAGCCCCACAAGCCAAGAGGAGGACAGUGUCCAGUUCAACAAGCUGUCCUAUCUGGGUUGUACUUGGGUCAAAGCUCCUCGUAAUGAACCCGAAGCACAAAGGGCAAUGGCAACCUUGCGGGCUGAGAGUGCCAUCCCCAUCCCCAUCACACUACAUGUACCCUGUGGACCAGAAGGCUCUGUGAGGGUUGUGGACCAAGCAUCUGGAACAGAGAUUUGUUCCUUCCCCAUUUACAAGGUCUUGUUUUGUGCUCGUGGACGUGAGGGUUCUGUGGAAAGCGACUGCUUUUGCUUCACGGAGAGUUAUCGCAGUUCUGAAGACUUUCAAAUUCACGUUUUCUCCUGCCACAUCAAGGAGGCGGUCAGUAGAAUCUUGUACAGUUUCUCUACAGCCUUUCGGCGCUCUUCACGGCCAGCCGAAAUCAGAGACACACCGCUCUUGAGUCCUCUUGAUAGUAAUCUUUUUAUUUUUACUGUCACUCUGGAGAUUAAGGAAGAUGAUGGCAAGGGAAACUUCAGUCCAGUCCCCAAGGACAGAGACAAAUUGUACUUCAAGCUGCGACAAAGUACUCAGAAGAAAGUUGUAAUUACAGUUCAACAGAUUAGCAAUAAAGAGCUCAUCAUUGAGAGGUGUUUCGGCAUGCUUCUAAGCCCAGGUCAGAAGGUUUGCAAUAGUGACAUGCAUCUUCUUGACAUGGAGUCAAUGGGGAAAAGUUCUGAUGGAAAGGCAUAUGUGAUCACAGGAACAUGGAACCCCAAUUUACCAGCCUUCCAACCUCUUAAUGAAGAAACGCCCAAAGAUAAGCAAGUCUUCAUGACAGUUGCAGUGGACCUGGUCGUCACUGAAGUGGUAGAGCCAGUUAGGUUCCUGCUUGAAACUUUGGUCAGAGUUUAUCAGUCAAAUGAACGUUUCUGGUACUUCAGCCGCAAGACCUUCAGCGAGACUUUCUACCUCAAACUUGGACAGCAUACACAAGAGAGGACAGGUCAAAGUGAUGCUGUGUAUGAGGUGGUGAGUCUUCAGAGGGAGGCAGAGAGAAGUAAUGAAGGGAAAGGACAACUGGCCUCACCCACUGAAGAGGAGGAGGUCGAUGAUGAUAGUGACAGUGAAAUCUCCAGCGGGACGGGAGAUGUUUCAAAAGAUUGUCCUGAGAAAAUUCUGGAAUUGUGGGGAGCAAUCCUCAACAGAUGGCAUGGGAACCUGUCCAGUCGUCCAAAAGGUUUGCACCCACUGGUCCGUAGUGGCAUUCCAGAGCCAUUGAGAGCUGAGGUAUGGCAGCUGCUGGCCGGUUGCCACGACAACCAUGACCUGCUUGAACACUACCGCAUCCUCAUCACCAAGGAUUCUGCUCAGGAGGGUGUAAUCACUCGAGACAUCCACCGUACCUUCCCUGCACACGACUACUUCAAGGACUCUGAUGGAGAUGGACAGGAUUCACUCUACAAGAUCUGCAAGGCUUAUGCUGUCUACGAUGAGGAGAUUGGCUACUGCCAGGGUCAGUCAUUUCUUGCUGCUGUCCUGCUGUUGCAUAUGCCUGAGGAACAAGCCUUUUGUGUGUUGGUGAAAAUCAUGUUUGAGUAUGGCCUGAGAGCUCUCUACAAAAACAACUUUGAAGAUCUUCACUGCAAGUUUCAUCAGCUUGAGAAGCUCAUGCAGGAACAACUACCUGAUCUGUGGGCCCAUUUCCAAGAACUAAACCUGGAGGCUCACAUGUAUGCCUCCCAGUGGUUUCUCACCCUCUUCACGGCCAAGUUCCCCCUUUGCAUGGUUUUCCACAUCACUGAUCUUCUGCUUUGUGAGGGUCUUAACAUCAUCUUCAAUGUUGCCUUGGCUCUGCUCAAGACUUCCAAAGAGGAUCUCUUGCAGGCAGACUUUGAAGGGGCUCUCAAAUUCUUCAGAGUACAACUCCCUAAACGUUACAGAGCUGCAGAGAACGCAAGAAGACUGAUGGAACAAGCUUGCAACAUAAAGGUUCCAACCAAGAAGCUCAAGAAGUUUGAGAAAGAAUAUCAGACGUUGAGAGAAAGCCAGCUCCAGCAAGAGGACCCCAUUGACCGAUACCAGAGGGAGAACCGUCGUCUUCAGGAGGCUAGUAUGCGGUUAGAACAAGAAAAUGACGACUUGGCCCAUGAACUGGUCACCAGUAAGAUUGCCCUAAGGAAUGACCUUGACCAGGCGGAAGACAAGGCUGAUGUUUUGAACAAAGAGUUGCUUAGCACAAAGCAGCGUCUGGUAGAGACGGAGGAGGAGAAGAGACGCCAGGAGGAGGAGACUGCUCAGCUUAAGGAAGUGUUCCGGAGGGAGUUGGAGAAAGCCGAGUUGGAAAUUAAGAAAACCACAGCCAUCAUAGCCGAGUACAAACAGAUCUGUUCCCAGCUUAGCACAAGGUUGGAAAAGCAGCAGGCAGCAUCAAAGGAGGAGCUGGACAUUGUUAAGAGUAAAGUAACAGGUUGUGAGCACUGCAGAGACCUGUUCAGCACCCUGGGGUCCCUCCAAGUGUCAUCUCCGGGCCGCGACAAUGCCACAUCCGAACCGCCGGACGAGGAAAAAGACGGACUGAAGGAGCAGCUCAGGCAGAUGGAACUGGAGCUGGCGCAGACCAAAUUGCAGCUAGUGGAGGCAAAGUGUCGCAUUCAGGAGCUGGAACACCAGCGAGGAGUCUUGAUGAACGAGAUCCAGGCGGCCAAGAACUCUUGGUUCAGCAAAACGCUUAGUUCUCUCAAGAGCUCCGCCUCCUCUUCAUCCACAUCAUCGUCCCCAAGCCCGUCAUCCUCAAAGGAAGGCCCGCCAGCCUAGAGUCCUCUGGUGUCGUGGCCUGAGCAAAUCAUCGGGCAAAGGACAAAUGCAGUGUUCCUUUUCCCAAGAGAGAAGGUGGACAAAACUUGGAAGACUGGACCGGCCUGAAAAUAUCCAGACAAUGUUAUUGCCACCUCUGUAGGUGAUAGACUUUCAGUUCUGGUUCAUUCAUGAUAUGCCACGAAAAGGUUGAAUGACUUGUCGCCGAUCUUAUACUGCACAAUUACAGUGAUUUUAAUUUGAGUAUAUAGCGGUUUCAGGAGCUGAUGCUAGUCUCCAAACAAUCUUCUUGUCGUCUUUACUGACACAAUAGGAGCAGUUGUCUUGAUUUGAUGUACAGCAAAGCUUCUCUGAAAAGGAAUACUGCAUUGAACUGUAACCAAGAACGACACAACAUUUGUGUUUUGUUCUUUAUAGAAUUCUAACUUAAACAAUGUCCUAACAAAUCUUUAAAACUAUUGUUUUUAUAUUAACCCUGUACAGUUCUUAUAUAGGUUGAAACGGAAAAGAAUUUUGUUUUUUCUAAUGUUUGAAAUUUUAUUGUGAUCUGCGUAAGCACAGCGUGCCAUUGUUGUGAUUAAGUCCAAACGCUGGCUAGCCAAAACUAUGUGCACGAACCCUCAUGAGUCUCUUUCACUUCUGACCCACCUCCACUUAUGGGUUUUCUUUAACUCCAAUCCUACAUUUCAUUCAUUAUCGACACAUUAACUUGGGGCCUGCAAGUAUUUCAACAAUGUGGUUAAUGAAAGCAAAUUCUUCAUCAAACCGCUAUGUGCUUUGUUCCAAACACCAUAAAACAUGUCCUUAAUUUGAUACCUUAAUUACAUUAUAAAUUUCAUAACAGUCACAGAAUGACGAAUGUCUGCUGCUCUGCUUCUCGUUGGCCUAAGUUUCACCACUUUUAGUAUAAAUUUUGAAAUAAUUACCUUUUAAUUUUAUCCUCCGCCAAAAUUUGUGUAUGCGUUUCAAAAUUUUCAAAAGAGACAAAAGACUGUACGUAUCGUAAAUGGUUGAACUAAUGCUGCUGCCAUUGACGUUGAUAGAUGAAACAGAUCAGCUCUAAAAUGAACUGUUUUUCAUUGACCACACCGUAACUUUAGCAUAAUACCACUUAAAGCACUGAAACUAAGGAGCCACAUCAAUAACCUUCCUACUGCUGUAACUGCUUUAAUCUUAUUUAGUAAUUCAACUAAUUAGCUGCCAUUGACAGGUAUAGACCUUCAAUCCAUUUUGACUGGGAGGGUUGGCAAUGACUCUAUCGCCGUUAAUUGCAAUGAUACAAGAUCAUUCGAUGCUGUCAAUGGCUAAUAAUGGCUAAUAAACCAAAUACAGAAAUGUACUUAAAAUUUUGUUGUUAUUUAGGAUUCCUAAAUGAAAAUGGUUGCAUGGUGGCGUGGUUGUGUAGCACGGCUGCCUCUGAGAUUUGUAGUUCAAAUCUGAACUCCUGCCUUACUGUGUGGAAUUUGCAUGUCCUCCCUGUGCCUGCGUGGGUUUUCUGUAUGUUCUUCAGUUUCCUCCCACCUUCCAAAAACAAGCAUGUUAGUUUCAUCGUUAUUGCAGAAAUCAACAAUUAUCAGGGGUAAAGAUUUUUUUUUGUUUCUUUGUGCCAACAUGAUAUUCUUAUCCCGGCUGACAGUGCGAUUCGUGUAUGUGUGAUCUCACCGUAUGUUUGGAUUGUUUCAAUUGUGUCUUUUUGUUUCUGACUGAAGUAGUCAGUCGUGCCAUAGCAAUCUUCCUGGUCACCCUUGGACGCUCAUAGUAUCCAGUAGCUAUCGGGCUGCUAAACUGGACCAAACAUACCAAAGGGAGCCGAUAACCUUUCCGUUCACAUUCCUUGUGUCCAUCCCGACAAGCGCCGUCAUGUAAAUGUUUGCCAAGAUAAACUCUCAUCAUUUACAUGCACUCGCACUAACGCCAUUUGAAGAUGCCGCUUGGUUUCUAAGUUCUAUGAAGCACAGAGCAUCAACAUUUUACUGUUCCAGACAGGAAUUUUAUAAUUCGUUCUAACUGUUCACUCAGAGAGACUCUUGUUGUUUGCUGUUAAGUCACUGUCUGAUCUGCGUUAAUAAAUGUCAGUGCUUCUA